AGAGGCAGCCAAUAAGGGGGAGGGAGCGAGGGCGGCCGGAGGAGGGUGUGUUUUUCUAUCACUGCAGCAUCAGCACAGCACAGAGGUGCACACAAUCGGGCCACGCCGCCGAGCCGAGGCAGCAACAGCUUGAGUGGGAAAAGGAGAAUCCGUGUGGAGAAAGAAGAGCAGCGGGAGGCUGCGAGGGGCGAAUAGACCAUCCGAACAAGUGUGUGUGUGUGAGGACUUGCGCGGACAGCGGGAAAUGGCUCACGUGUGGCGACAGCAGGUCGGCAGUAGGAGGCAUUGCUUGGGCCUCCUCCCCACCAUCCUCUCCCUCCUCUUCCUUGCAGUCCACACCAGCCUAGCAACCAUACACAUUCCCUCCAACUACCACAUAAGUGACCUCAAGAGGCCUCCAGUUAUCAUCACACAGCCGGAGUCUUUUACUGUCUUCAGCAUUGAAGACUUUGUCAUGACCUGUGAAGCCACCGGCAACCCUCCGCCCAUUUUCCGAUGGACGAAGGACGGGGAGGAGUUCGACCCGGGUACCGACCCGGAGCUGAAAGUGAUCGAUCGAGCCGGUUCCUUCGCCUUCUACACCCUUAGCAACAGUGUAGAAUCCCUGAAGCAGUACCAGGGCAAAUACGUGUGCUAUGCAUCCAACGAGCUUGGCACGGCCGUCUCCAAUGAGGCCACGCUUCGCACCGAUGCCCCACCGACCCAGCAGAAAGAGAAAAAAGUUCAUGUGAAGUCAGAAGAAGGAAGCAGCAUCGUUCUGAAGUGCAACCCCCCAGAGAGCUCCAUGGAGCCCAUCAUUCACUGGAUGGACUGGAAGCUUCACCACAUCAACCAGAGUGAACGGGUGAUGCUGGGAAAGGAUGGCAACCUGUAUUUUGCCCACCUGAAAACCACAGACAGCAGGGAUGACUACACUUGCAAUGUCCAGUUUCUGGCAACUCGCACUAUUCUGGCAAAGGAGCCUGUCACUCUGACUGUCAACCCCUCCAACUCAGUGCUACGGAACAGGCGGCCCCACAUGAUGAGACCUACUGGAAGUCACAGCACUUACCAUGCACUCAGGGGCCAGACCCUAGAGCUUGAGUGCAUCGUCCAAGGCUAUCCAACUCCUAAAGUACUCUGGGUUCGGAAGGAUGGUGAGAUGUCCGAAUCGCGGACUGCCAAAGACAAGUACGACCGUCGUCUGCGCUUCACCAAUAUCUCAGAGAGCGACGCCGGCGAGUAUCAGUGUCUUGCUGAGAAUUCCCAAGGAAAGAGCACACACACUUACUCCGUGUCAGUGGAAGCUUCUCCCUACUGGACCAAAGAACCAGUCAGUAGGUUGUACGCUCCCGGUGAGAAUGUUCGACUCGACUGCCAGGCGGAGGGCAUCCCCUCUCCAACCAUCACGUGGACCAUCAACGGGAUGCCCCUCUCAUCGACCGACAGAGAUGCAAGACGCACUCUGACGCCUGGCGGCUCUCUCAUCUUAAAGGAUGUCAAUUUUGAAGACACGGCUAUCUACCAGUGCAGGGCCUCCAACAAGCAUGGAGCCAUCCUUUCAAACACUAACGUUUAUGUUAUUGAGCUGCCUCCGCAGAUCUUAACUGAAGAUGGCAACAUUUACACAGUUACUGAAGGCCAAAAGGUUUUACUGGAGUGUGACAGCUUUGGAUCUCCGAAACCAAAAGUCACAUGGCAAAGCAACAGGGAGUCCUCCCUUUUGGCUGAUUCCAGAAUUAACCCUCUUACCAACGGGGGUCUGCAAAUCUUCAAUGUCACACAUUAUGACGAGGGUUUCUACACGUGCGCUGUGGAGAACACUGACCUGUCCAUUAGUGCAGAGCUGGAGGUGCUCAACAGAACAGUCAUCCAGUCACCUCCGCAGGAUCUGAAGGUGCAGCCUGGACAAACUGCUAUUUUCACUUGUCUUUUCCAAGUGGACCCCAAACUUGCCUCGCCACUUAUUCAGUGGAGAAAGAACAACCAGAAGCUCUUUGCGUCUGACAGUGACAUGAAAUAUACGUUCAAAGGACCGGACUUGAUCAUCUCUAAUACAGAAGCUAAAGAUCAAGGAAACUACACGUGUCAGAUCAUCACUAAUCUGGACAUGGCUGAAGCAACUGCCACGCUCACUCUCCAUGAUCGCCCAGACCCUCCUACGCUACUGCAGCUUACUCAUCCUGAAAGGCGCGCAAUCACCCUCAGUUGGACUCCUGGAGAUGAACACAACAGCCCAGUGAUUGAGUAUGUGAUAGAGUUUGAGGAUCAGGUUUCAAAUGAGCAAGGUUGGGAAGAGUUGAACAGAGUAUCAGGGAACAACAACCGUACCAGUCUCUCUCUGUGGCCCUAUAUGUCGUAUCGUUUCCGUGUCAUUGCCAUCAAUGAGGUGGGCAUGAGUGCUCCAAGCAAGCCAACUGAAAUCCACAGUACAACUGCUGAAGUACCAGACAGGAAUCCUGAAGAUGUCAGAAGUGAAUCUGCUGACCCAGACACACUCGUAAUCACCUGGGAGGAAAUGGACAAACGAGACUUUAAUGGACCUGGGUUCAAGUAUCGUGUCCUGUGGAGACGGGUUGUAGGCAGCGGGCCUGACUGGCACCCCAACUACACAACUGCACCGCCAUUGGUAGUCAGUAAGAUUGGCAACUUUUCUGCGUUUGAGAUCAAAGUGCAGGCUGUCAAUGAAUACGGGGAAGGACCUGAGCCAGAUCCUGUAAUAGGGUACUCCGGCGAGAAUUUUCCACUGGAGGCUCCCAUGAAUGUGGGCAUGGACAUAUUGAACAGCACUGCCAUCAAGGUGACUUGGUCUCCAAUAGACAGAGAGACGGUCAGAGGACACCUGCUCGGCUACAGGAUUCACCUGACUAGGUUUGGCCCACGGGGUCACCACGUAGCUCGACGGGCUAGGGAGCCAAAGAUUACUGUAGUAGUAGAGACUGGAGCCAAUGAGGAGAGGAAGGUGAUCGGUGACCUCCAACCGUACUCUCACUAUACUUUGACUGUCAGCGUGUUCAAUGCCAAAGGAGAUGGGCCGCAUUCACAGAUGCUGCCUUUUGAGACAGAUGAAGGAGUUCCUCAUCCGCCAACAUCCCUGGCGCUAGACAGUCCAUCUGAGACAGAAAUGACGCUGCGCUGGACACCACCAAGCCAGCCCAAUGGGAUUCUUAUUGGGUACCGUUUGCAGUACCAACAAAUUGUAGAGAGUGAUGACAGUCCCAUGCAAGUGGAGGAUAUAGAUGAUCCUACAAUAAACCACUUCACCUUGAAGGCCCUGGAUCGCCACAGUCACUACCGCUUCUACGUGAGGGGACGCACUGCUGCUGGACAGGGAGAACCCAUUGAGAGGGAAGGUGCCACCACUUUGGAUGGAGCACCUCCUGUCAACAUUAGUGUGUCUCCUGGAGAGACCUUUGCUAAUAUAAGUUGGUUGUCCAAGAAGAGGCAUAGGAAUGUUAAAUUUCUGAUCCAAUAUCUCAAGAAGAAUGGCGCUGAUAAAUGGAAGACUGAGAAAGUGGACUCCUCUCAGUCCUUCUACCAGGUCAAAGGCCUGAAACCUGGUUCUCAUUACCAUCUGCGCUUCACCCACAGCAAUGUAACCUUUUUUCAGACUGAGACUGACACACUGGGAACAGGAGUGACUGAAGUGCAGCACAGCAUCGCCACCCAAGGCUGGUUCAUUGGCCUAGUGAGCGCCAUUGUGCUGUUGCUGCUCAUUCUUCUCAUCAUCUGCUUUGUCCGGAGGAACAAAGGGGGAAAGUAUUCAGUGAAAGACAAAGAGGAAGGCCCGAUGGACUCAGAGGCCCGGCCGAUGAAGGAUGAGACCUUUGGAGAGUACAGAUCUCUAGAAAGUGACCUGGAGGAGAAGCGUACUGCCAGCCAGCCAUCGUUGUGUGAGGAAAGCAAGCUGUGCAGCGAGGACAACCUGGACUUCAACGGUAGCAGCGUGCUGACCACCGAGGUCAACCUGGAUGAGUCACUGGCCAGCCAGCUUAGCCGACCCAGCGGAGGAUCAGAGGGGCUGGAUAACUCCCUGCAUAACCCCACCACCAUUUCCUCUGCCACCAAUGGCCUGCCCAACCAAGUCGCCAUCCUUGAUUAACCUCUGUUCAUCCGUGGAGAACCGUCAGACCAAAACAUGUAAACACAUACGUGCCCGUACGCUCCUGUUCCCCAAUAACUAGUUUGACGACUAAGACGCAAUCAAUGUAUUGACAAUUCAGAUGCCGGUGGUGUCAUGUAACGGACUUGACUAUUUUGACCAAAGGCAUGUCCAAAGUAGUGGACGAUGUGACGUAAAUCUGACCAACGCUGACAUGAAGAAAUCCUUUUACUUUACCUGAUCCUCUUUCAUAUGUGUCGUGUAUAAUGUAAAUGAUUAACAUUCAUCUGUCUUCUUUUCUUCUUGCCUCAAAACCUUUUCAAAAAAUUUGAAAAACAGAAUGUUGUGCAGUUGAAAUGAUCUAAGGGGGCUGCAUUCCGAGCAGCUGUAGAAUGAACGUGAAGCGUGGUGUGACACAGCUGUUGUGCCACGGCUUUGUAAUUAUCAGGUUUUUUUCUCUCUCUAUGAUUUCACACAAUUUAAGUGCCAGUGUAUUUUCUAAUAACUGUGUUACAGACUAUCUUUAUGUUAUAUAGCAUUUUUAAGAUCUAAUCAGAUAUCCAACACUAUAUACAUACAUACAAAUAUAGUGUGUGUAUGUGUAUAGUUUUAGAUCUUUUGACCGAGAGAACUGAAGCCAGGUUUCAUACCAUAACUAACAUUGAAUGCAUAUAAGGGGAACUUGCUGUGAAAAUGCCGCGUAGCAUCUGGUGUAUAUAUUUGCAUAGACAUUGAUCUAUUUAGCCAUAUUACAGUAUUAUAGCUCCUGGUCCAUACAAGUUCCUGUGCCUGCUGGUUUUUGCAUUGAACACCAGAUUGGUGUCAUUACUCCCUCAUCAAGUGUAAUGUUAUGAUUGGAGAUGAUAUUGUAAUAUCAUGUAUUUUUUGUCAUGAGCUUCGUGUUGCUUUUUGUAUCUUGUCUUUGUCUCUUUCUACACAGUCAUGCCACACAUUUUGUUUGAGGAGCAGUACCUUAAAGAUUCAGGAGUGGAGUCUUGUGGGUUAAUCCCAAACACUCAAUAAUGCAGUUCAAUAUUGCAGCGAGGUAAACAAAUUUGGUGGUCUAGCUGUAAUAAGGGCAAAUAGGUAUUUACACUACAUGCAGAGAAUGUAUUGUUACAUUAUGUCACAUUAUUACAUUUCAGUCCAUAAACUGUUCAUAUCCUGACAACGUUUUGAGUUAAAGUGAUUGGAGAACCAUGAGAUGCUGUGCUAGAGGUAUUAUUUUAAAAACAAUAUUUGGUAUUUUCUUUACAUUUUGACUAAAGGGUCCCAAAUAAUGAAAACUAGUUUUAAUCAAUACUGCAGAUCCAACAUACUUAAGUCAUCAAGGCAGGUCUGUCAUAAACAUCAGUACAAAAAAAAUCCACAGCUGUUUAACAAAUUUACAAAACCACUUUAAUUCAAAAUUUGACCAGGGUAUGAAUGAACUUGGGCUCAACUUUCCUCGCUACUGACUGCAACAUAUCCUAGAUAAAUCGGAUACAGGAGACUUUAUUGCGGGUAAUGGAUUGAGCAGGACCUUUUUCUUCCCAUAAAAAUGUAAAUACAUCCCGUGUAAAAUUGUUAUAGUGAACUCGAACACAACCGCUUUAAAAAUGUACAGGUGUAAAAUGUCUGAGCAUCAUCUUAAAGCAAGCUGUCACUUUUCUUCUUUGUAAUGUUGCCUUUGUUAUGAACAUGCUAUUGCAGUAAAAUUUGGCUGUUUAGCAAAAUAAAAGAAGAUAAAAUAAAGAAAGGGGAAAAUCAUUUGGUCUGUAGAUAGUUUUUUUUUUUAACAUAUUUUUUCCCUGUCAAUAUUUACGUUUCAAUGAAUGUUUAAUUUAACAGCAAAUAACUGCACUGCAGUGAACUCUUUUUCUCUCCCUGUCUGAUCAUGAAAAGUAGUGAACCGCAGCAGUUGAUGCCUCACUAGCCAUAAAAACUGGCCACUAGACGAGUGUCACAUGACAGGGGAUGUUUGACGACCAAGAGCACCCAUAAAGCAUCUCGUCGAUUUGGAGUUUACACACAUGCACGCACUCUCAGGACAAAUGGGGAAAUAUAUUUUCAUGUUGGGACAUAUAUGACACAAAAAUAAGCCAAUAUUAUUUGCUGCUAAAAAUCUGUGCUUGGCAAACAUUAGCUUUCAACGAGGCCUGACGUUCACUCAGUUGCCACUCCUGCUUUUCAAGUGUCGAAUGGAAGUGCAGUUCUUCUUCACCCAUUCCCCCAUUUUAUAGUUUAAUAAACAACAAUAAAAUAUUUGUGUGCAGAAGAAGUCACGAGCAUUUUUGAAACGAGUAAUGACUGCGUGGGUGAUGGAAAUCAAAGAGUUUAUUUCACUUUCGGUUUGUAAAUGUGCCUCGUUGUGGUAUAUGAACAGCCCAACUUGGUGCAACUCGGAACUGGGUGCCCCACAUACAAUUCUCCAUGGGGCCAACAUAUGUGUAAUUGCAUCAUCAAUACACCAUUGUAACUGGGUAAAUGACCGGACAAUAAAGUAUGUGGAACAAUCUACUCU